CCAGACUGUGUCCUCUCGGCUUCCUCUGCUGGGAAUAGGCUCAAACUGCUUGUGCGUCACUGCAUCCCUCAGAAUUGUUUAUCACCGGCCAGGAUCCGUAAGGUCUUUUGAAGAUGUCUGGCUUUCUUGACAGCGUACGGUGCUCAGAAUGCAUUGACUGGGGUGAGAAGAGGAACACCAUAGCAUCUGUUGCGGCUGGUGUUCUAUUUUUCACAGGCUGGUGGAUAAUUAUUGAUGCUGCUGUGAAAUAUCCUUCGCAAGAAGACCUGAACCACUCUUAUCAUGCUUGUGGUGUUAUAGCAACUUUAGCUUUUCUGAUGAUUAAUGCAGUGUCUAAUGGACAGGUUCGCGGUGAUAGCUACGGUGAGGGUUGUUUGGGGCAAACAGGUGCACGUAUUUGGCUAUUCCUUGGUUUCAUGUUGUCUUUUGGAUCUCUAAUAGCAUCCAUGUGGAUAUUAUUUGGUGGUUAUGUUGCAAAAGAUGCCAAAAUAGUGUAUCCUGGUAUUGCCGUGUUUUUUCAGAAUACUUUUAUUUUCUUUGGAGGGCUUGUAUUCAAAUUUGGCCGCACUGAAGAUUUAUGGCAAUAGACUUUACCAACAUAUUUGGUUUCCAUGUAUCUUUUUUUUUUUUAAUACACAUUCCUAGUAAUAACAUGCAAGACUUUUUCAAUUCAGAUCUCCUUGAUAUUCAUGGACCUUCAAAUAUGUUACCAAAAAGAAGAGAGAAAGUGACAGACUUUUGCACUUUGUGUUAAAUAAACGUUUUCUUGUUUCUAUGUGUGAAUUUUGUAAGGAAAAUAAUGAAAUGUUUAUUAAAAUCAAAUACCUGUG